AUGGAGACCGACGUCCAUAGACCUGAGGAGAUCAACGAAAAAAUAAGUGCGAUGCUGGCCGCUACGGAGGCUCUGAAGCCUGGAGCAAGUCAGCUAACAAGCCCAAUGGGCUCGAAAACGCCACGAGCACUCACUUCCAAAGUAUUGUUGAAGGUUUCGAGUGCUUGGGAUCGCCUGAAUACGAAGCCUACAGGCUUCGAGAGUGGGCACAUUGACUCGGAUGCCGCAUCAUCGAUUCCAAUUACAUCCCGAGACACGCGAUUCACUAUUAAAUCAAUAGAUAUUCGUAAAAAUGAGGGCAUCAACAUCGGAAAGAACGAAAAGGCCAGAAAGCUCGCUGGUAUUGAGGUCAGCCGGCGCCCAGUUGCCGGUAGCAAAAGAUCCCUUUUGAAUAGGCCACGGCUAGACAGCGAGAUAUGCUCUACGCCUUCUACCGUUGAAAGCGAAUCCCUCAAUACUUCUGGUGACAGAAACCGGAAGUUGAUCAUAAGGUCUUCCGGUCCCUUUGGUGCUGAACCUAGGUUUGAUUUAGAUCUCGAGGAUAGGGUCUUGAGUAUCAGACCUGAUGCGUCUUCAACUCCUCGAAUUGUGAUUGAGCAUAGACGAACCACUUUAUCCGUCGACAGCAGAAUACACUCAAGCGAUUUUGGGAUCUUUUUAAGCAAACACCGACAUAUUGCCACUGAUCGUGCUAUCAACUGCGGGGAAGGUGCCAAAAGCUCAACAUUAGCUGUGGACAACAAAUCUCAAGACGAGUAUUUGAGUACGUCUCAAGCCUUUCCAAUCGGCUACUACCUCAAGCCUCCAGCUGAGUGUAGGCGAGUAAAGAAGCACCCGUCCCCGAACAAGGAGUAUCUUGAGCGUCUUAAGACGGCGCUUGAACAAUACACAACCCUAAAAACAUAUGGUGCCGUCGACCGGGAUCUUGAUGAGUUGGCCGAUAUGGUCUCUUUUCCAACACGCCCGUUUACCUCGCGAGAAAAGAAUCAAUUGCCCCGUAGGUGCUUGACCUUACCAGUCGAACGGAAAUCCGAUUCAAAGGGGAGCAUGAAAACACCCCCCUGUCACUUGCAAAGAGGUCCAUAUAGAUCUGGGACUACACGAUCUAGCGGAGUUUCAGAACAUCAUCGCAUCGCUACGAGAUCUGUUCGUACUUUUCGACCUCAAAAUGAUAGCGCUGAUGACCCAGACGAGCUACGAUAG